UCUGUUCCUGGUACUCAUUUCAUACAAACAAGUGGGCUUUAUGUACAACCUGACGCUUAUUGAUUUACCGUGUGUCUCAGAUACAGGAGUCGGACCUGCAGUGUGCUCGAGUGGACUAAUAUUCAUAAGUGGGCGUGGCUAAUAUCACCACGUGGCACCAGUUCCUAUCGCACUGGGUCUCAUUGGAGCGGUGAAGUGUAUCGACGUUCCACCGACUGGUGAUCACAGCAUACAACAACAUUGUAUACGUCGCGCUGGCAUUAUCUAGCCAGAGGGAGCGAAGGUUUGUGAUCUACAUUUACAAUGAGAAACGGUGUAUGUGUGUACCGUAGAGAGUACCGACCAACAUGACUGAGAUCUGUCCUCACUGUGGAGUAGGGUUCAAGCGUCUGGCAUCUCACGAGUGGAGGUGCAAGGAAAAGAAAACAUCAUCCAGCCUCAAGUCUGGUUCCUCAUUCAGUUCCAGCACACCCUCAUCAUCAGUGGUUGGCAGUUCGGGAACUGGGCGACAUAACACUCCACCAGCAGGUAACAGUUCGGGAACUGGGCGACAUAACACUCCACCAGCAGGUAACAGUUCGGGAACUGGGCGACAUAACACACCAUCAGCAGGUAACAGUUCAGGAGCUGGGCGACAUAGCACUCCAUCAGCAGGUAACAUUACCGGUGCCUGGCGGCCUACCACACCAUCGGCGGGUAAGAGUUCAGGCACCCGGGGACACCCCAAACCAUCAGAUACAUUAGGGAAAAGUACAGCAGGGCGAUCCAGUGUAUCGGACAGUGGUAGAAGACACAGCGACCCCAAACCAGCUGAAAUAGUGGUCAAGAUAUGUCCUGACUGUGGCGCCAACUACAGACACAAACAUGACGUCUGCCAUUCUCGUGGGUCGGGGAAGCGGGAAGAUAAAGCUGCCUAUGACGUGAAGGAAGUAUGCCCUGACUGUGGCCGGUCGUAUAAAUACAGCCACACGGUGUGUCGAGGAAGACAGAAGUCAAGUCCUGUCAGACAUCACCGAGUGAUGAUUCCAAAUCGGCCAAGUGAUCCAACCAAUCAACAAUCAACACGUCACAACCAUACGUCAAGACUAGGACACCAGGGAAAAGAGGCAUAUGGAUAUAAGGACUAUCUGGAUGAAUCUGAAGGUCUUGCUGCUGCUUUUGAAACAAGUGUGAAUGUGAAAGAGACACAUGCAAGACGCCACAGGAGGAACAAUGCCUGCUACAAUCGUGGUCUGAGUGAGGGCGACGCCUUGGCUGCUGCUUUUAAAGCAAGUCUCGAUCUGAAGGAGGAAGACCCAUGGUAGACUGACAUGGGGCGAUAUCACCAUGGAGGACCCGACAUCAGGUCAUAUGAACUACACUUUUACCGGAACUAGAAUUGAAGAUUGACAUCUGCCUGCAUCAGGGUCAACACGGAGCUUGAACGACGACACCAUUCUGCAACAGUAACAAGGACUUGCGGGAGCAAGAAAUGUCUGAUUCUUCAUCCAUUCUCUCCAUGGGAUUGCUCAGUACAACCACAGACACACAGACCUUCGCUAAAACCAUGACUUUAUUGUUUAACAAACAAACAAUAAAAACAAACAACAUUCCAGGGUAUGGCGGCUGUCAGUAAUUAACAUCAGUGAUCAACAUCAUGAUCAUCGACCUACGCAACUG